AUGGGGGUGGCCGGGCCCCUGAGCAGGCAGUUGCCUCCCCGAGAGUUGCCUUCCUUUCUCUUCCAGGCGCGUCUGCCUCAAGCGAUGGCCCGCGGGCUGGACUGGUUCUUGGUGGCGGCGGCCACCUGGGCUGCAGCCGCUUCCGCAAGCGGGUGUAACAAGGCGCUUUGUGCCAGCGAUGUCAGCAAGUGCUUGUUGCAGGAAGUGUGCCAGUGUGAAGCCAACCGUGCCGGCUGUCCGUGUUGUAGGGAGUGCGCCUUUUGCCUGGGCAGUCUGUGGGAGUCGUGCUGCGGAUGUGUGGGGCUGUGUGAUGAACGGCUCCCGUCCGCCUCCCGUCCCGCCGAGCGCAGCUCCAUGCACGACCUGACGGCACCAGUACCCUCCCUCUUCCGGGCGCUCAUGGCCAUCUCCGACAACGACCCCCCCAUGGGCUGGAGUGUCCUGACGCUUCCCGUUGGAGAAGAGCUGAGGCAGAACCACGCGGAGACCGGCCACCUCUUGCUGGGUCCACGCACAGACGCCACCCUCCCAGACGCCGCCAGCCUCAACGCCACAGCCCCACCCUGCCAGUCGAUUUUCUUCAACGAGUGCCUCUCCAUGAGCCAGUGCCGGGCAGUCUGCCAGUCCGUGGGUGCCUGGCGCUACCGCUGGUUCCACAACGCCUGUUGUCAGUGUUUGGGGCCCGACUGCCUGGGCUACGGAGGACCUCACGCGCAUUGCUCCAGCUGCCGGGACUGA